CUUGAACCAGCCAUGCUUGUGGUCGGUCUUUCUUGGUUAUGUUGAUGUAUAGCCGAAAUGGCUGGAGUUCAGUGGAAGUGUAUAAAAAAUUCAAAGAAACUCCUGAAUAAUUUCGUGAACAAUUUUAAGAAUGUCACUGCAUGCAAUUCUGCAUCUCUCAGCCAUGAUUCCAGUAGAUCAGUUCACAACAGUGCAUCCGACAGGAGUUACGCUUCCUCGUCCUUUACUGCAUGGCACAAACUUGGUCAAAGUUAUACUUCCUCAGUGAGGCAUUCGCAAAUCAACUUAAGAAUAUCCGAAUCCCUGGCCCUCUCUUCCAGUGGUUUCAGGACGCUAAACAACUCUAAGGCACCCCAUUGCUGUAUGAAUCAAUCUUUGUGUCUGUUUCACUCUUCCACAAAUCUCUUCAGCGAGAAACAAGAUUCACAAUCAGACAAAGGAGGAGGGUCAAAAGCUCCUCCAGAUGAAGAUGAGGAAGCUCAAAGGAAAGAAAGAGAAUCCUACUGGCGGACUAUGAAACUUAGUUUUAUUUGUUUGGGUGCAUCAUUUGGUAUUGGUGGAGGAUUUUUAAUUUAUGAAUUGGGUCCCCAGAAAAGAGAUGCAGAUGGAAAUAUUAUUGAAGAUGAAUUUAGUCAUUUACCGCCAGUCAAACAACUCUUCUCAAGGAUAGCUGCCGAAUUACAGAGUUGGAAUAAAAUGUUGAAAAAGCCCUCAAGAGAUAAGUUACUGCCAGAUCCUCUCGAACCACCUUACCAUCAACCACCCUACACGUUAAUUUUGGAAUUAACGGAUCUACUAGUUCAUCCAGAUUGGACGUAUCAAACUGGCUGGAGAUUCAAAAAACGACCCAAUGUUGAUGCUUUCCUUGAAAAAGUAGGACCUCCACUUUUUGAAAUAGUGAUUUAUACCGCUGAGCAAGGACUUACUGUAUUCCCUAUUAUUGACUCAUUAGAUCCGAAACAAAUGAUUUCAUAUCGCCUCGUAAGAGAUGCAACAGAAUUUGUCGAUGGACACCAUGUAAAAAACUUGGACUGUAUCAAUCGUGACCUAAGUAAAGUAAUCGUUGUCGACUGGAAUCCAGAUUCAGUCAAGCUGCACCCGAACAAUGCUUUGGUGAUCCCAAGAUGGAAAGGUCAAGAUACAGACCGUACUUUAGUGGAUCUUGCAGCAUUUUUACAAACAAUUGCAAUCAAUCAAGUAGAAGAUGUACGAGAAGUUUUGCAAUAUUAUCGCCAAUUCGAUGACCCUUUAGAAACAUUCAAGGAGAAUCAACGCAAGUUUCUGGAACAACAGGAAGAAAGACGGAAAGCUGAGGAAGAAAGAAAAAAAAAUAAACCACUCGCAGCUAAAUGGUCAGGUUCUCUGUUCUCCUCAGGUCCUAAAAUUUAAGACUUUUGAACAACAGAAGACUCUCAUGGUGCCAAUGAUGGCAAAGGCUGGAGACUAUUUUUGUUCAACUGAAUCAUCUCAAGGAAUAACAUGUAAUUAUGCUUUUUUUGUAAGAAUAGUUUACUCCUCUCAGAACAAAGUUCUAGCCCUGUUUAAAUUGUGAACAUCAGUUUUCUCUUGCAAAGAGAAAGAACUGUUGUUUUUUUUUAUUUUUUAUUUUUUACAAGCUUAACUUCUCAAAAUGUCAGGAUUCAUUAAAUCUAUCUCACAGAUCAAUGUCACACUUGAUUUUUGUUAGUAAUAAAUUGAUAAUUUGUAAAGAAAA